AUGUCUUUUCAAUUGCUCCAAGUCAAGGCUAAGAGACUCGUCCCAAAUGUUGAGGAGCGCUAUCGGGGAAUCGGCGGAGACCGAGCGGGCUCCUUGGGACACAUCGAGGGUUUAGCCAUCACCUCCCAUGGCUCUCCAGCCGUGCACUACUUUGGCGGUCUACCAUACGCUCUUCCCCCUGUUGGACAGUGGCGAUUCCGUAUCCCCCGGCCGCUCCCUAAGGACUACCAAUACGGCACAGCAAGCGAGCCUGGCAAGUUCACAAAUGGCACCAAGAUUUGUCCCCAGCCUCCCAGCAGCAACACGCCCGACCCUUCAGUCACCAGUGAAGAUUUCCUCCAACUAAGCAUCUGGGUACCUGCUGGUCCUCCUCCCAAAAUUGGAUGGCCAGUGUGUUUCUAUAUCCACGGGGGCUUUCUCCAAGUCGGUACGAGCAACAUAAAGCCAGAAGACCUAGUUUCACUUCUGAGCGAGUCUGCAUUCCGCACAACCAUGGUCCUGCCAUCAUAUAGGCUCAAUGUGUUUGGAUUCCUCGCGAACAGGGAAUUAGCCGCUGAAGCGAGUUCUAAUGGAGAAGCUACCGGAAACUAUGGUUUAUGGGAUCAGAGAUUGGCUUUGGAAUGGACACAGGCGAACAUUUCUUUCUUUGGUGGUAACUCCGCUGGCGCAUACUCGACCUUUCAACAAUUGGCUCAUGAGCUAUUCCGCGUUCCGGAAGAAAAGGCAAUCAUAGAACGAGUGGCAAUGUUCUCCAACAGCACAGGUGUCAUGCCCAAAAGCUUGCAGGAUCAACAACCACAAUGUGACGAGUUGCUCACGAGGCUCGGCAUCAAUCUGGAACUUUCAAAUGAAGAGAAACUGACCAGUAUCCGAGUCGUUCCUCAUCAUAGACUCGUCCAAGCCCAAGUCGGAAUGAAGAUAUCAGAGUUUCGCGUCUUGGUAGAUAACGCUUUCUAUCCUGUUGACCUGAUGGAGAAGAUCAACAAUGGGGAAUUCGCAAAAAGAAUGAAGAUCCGCGGAAUAAGACUGAUCAACGGCGAGUAUUUCUCCCCAGAAGUCACCCAGAAGAUCAUGGACCACCACUGUGGAUCCUCAAGGAGCUUGCCAGCGGGGUAUAAGAACUGGGAGGACUUCUUCGGGCGCGUCUACGCCAAUAUCCAAGUCCACUAUCUUCAGCGCGGCUUCCAUAACGCCUUGUUCGCAGGUGGUCUUGAAGCUGCCAGGGAUGUUUUCCGUUAUCGAUUUGAGAGAAGACUCGAUUUCGUAGCGGAGAAGAUUCCAUCUGAGUGGGGAGUUACACAUCUCACUGACAUUCCUGUUUGGUUAUGGGGUGCGGGUAUAGAAAUGGUCUGA